AAAUAAAACGCCUUGAUUCUCAACAUCUCUUUAGCAGAAAAAUUAGGGUUUCUAAGUCUCUUGAGAACUACGGCGAAAAAGCACUAAGCUUUAGCUAUCAAAUCUCGCAAGCAUGGCGUCCCAGAUGAGCAAGAAGCGAAAGUUUGUCGCUGAUGGAGUUUUCUUUGCUGAGCUCAAUGAGGUUCUGACCAGAGAGUUGGCCGAGGAUGGUUACUCUGGUGUUGAGGUUAGAGUCACGCCGAUGCGUACAGAAAUUAUCAUCAGGGCCACCCGUACUCAGAAUGUUCUUGGUGAGAAGGGAAGAAGAAUUAGGGAGUUGACAUCAGUUGUGCAAAAGCGAUUCAAGUUCCCAGAGGGAAGUGUUGAGCUUUAUGCUGAGAAGGUGAACAACAGGGGUCUUUGUGCUAUUGCUCAAGCAGAGUCUCUUCGUUACAAGCUUCUCGGAGGGCUCGCUGUUCGCAGGGCUUGUUAUGGUGUGCUGAGAUUUGUUAUGGAGAGUGGGGCAAAGGGUUGCGAGGUGAUUGUGAGUGGAAAGCUCCGUGCCCAGCGUGCUAAAUCGAUGAAAUUCAAGGAUGGUUAUAUGAUUUCAUCUGGUCAACCUGUCAAAGAGUACAUUGAUUCUGCAGUUAGGCAUGUUCUUCUUAGACAGGGAGUCCUUGGUAUUAAGGUGAAAAUCAUGCUUGAAUGGGACCCUAAGGGUAAGCAAGGGCCAACUACUCCACUUCCUGAUCAGGUUGUAAUUCACAAUCCUAAGGAUGAAGAAAUCAGUUUCACUCCAUCCGUAGUAGCACCUCCACCAGUUGUUGAACCAGUUGCCUAAGUCUCUACAACAACAAUAGUCUUUUUCUUGUGAUACCUUUUCCAUUUAUUUGGUUUCUUUAUGAGGAAGUUAUAAAACCUUUUUAAGGGAUUUCUUUUGUGAUUUCUGCUAUUUAUGUUGACUGUUCAGUUUUGUUUGUCUAAAGAAUUAUUGUUUUAGAUUUCGAUAGUUAUGAUGAUCUUUCA